GAUGCUCCUGUCAUAAAACCCUCUAAAACCCCUCUCCUCGUCCGCCGCUCUGUCUCAAGUAACUCUACGUUUUCCAGCCACCGCCGCCCGUCGGAAACAAACUUGUUACUGAUAAUAUCCCCUUCUCCAUCUUGGUCGGGCGGGUCCUACGAAAUGGCACCCCCUUCGAAGAAAUCUAAACCCAAACCCAACUCCAAAAACUUUCAAACUCCAUCCAAGAAACCUGCGAAAGCCAAAGGAACGCACCUUAACCGCGCCGUUUCUUCGUUGCAAAUGCCUGUUCAGGUCGAAGACGAUGUGCCAGAUUUCCCCCGAGGUCGGGGAAGUUUGUUAAGUGGAGAAGAGGAAAAUGAGGUAAGGGCAUUAGCAGAGAAGGAGUCUAGGGCAGACGAGAGAGUGCUGAAGAAAAGGAAGAAGGAGAAGAGGGCGCAAAAUAGGAACCAAUCCACAGAGGAUGAUUUAGGUUCGCUCUUUGGAGAUGGAAUUAUUGGGAAAUUGCCAAGGUUUGCCAAUAAGAUCACUUUAAAGAAUGUUUCAUCUGGCAUGAAGCUAUGGGGUGUAAUUGCUGAAGUGAACGAGAAAGAUAUUGUAGUUAGUCUUCCAGGGGGCUUAAGAGGACUAGUUCGCGCAUGUGAUGCUAUUGAUCCCAUUUUGGAUGAUGAAGUAAAGGGGGAUGUUGAUUAUAGCUUCCUUUCAAGAAUAUAUCACGAAGGACAGCUUGUGUCUUGCAUUGUGUUGCAAGUGGAGGAUGAUAGAAAAGAAAUAGCAAAACGAAAGAUAUGGCUUUCUUUGCGUCUUUCUUUGUUGCACAAAAGCUUAACAUUGGAUACUGUUCAAGAAGGAAUGGUGCUAAGUGCAUAUGCCAAAAGCAUUGAGGACCAUGGUUUUAUGCUUCACUUCGGAUUGCCUUCCUUUACAGGAUUUAUGCCGAAACACAGCCAAUCUGAGAAGAGAAUCAUUGAUGUAAGCCUGGGACAGCUUUUACAAGGGGUUGUUAAAAAUAUAGAUAGAGCUCGGAAGGUAGUCUAUUUGAGUUCCGACCUUGACAUGGUAUCAAGAUGCGUGACCAAGGACCUUAAGGGUAUUUCAAUAGAUCUUCUCGUUCCAGGCAUGAUGGUUAAUGCUCAUGUGCAGUCAACCCUUGAAAAUGGAAUCAUUUUAUCUUUCCUUGCUUACUUUACUGGAACUGUUGAUGUAUUCAAUCUAGAUAAAACUUUUCCCUCUUCAAACUGGAAGAAUGAUUAUUCCAAAAAUAUGAAGUUCAAUGCUCGGAUCUUGUUUAUUGAUCCUUCAAGUAGAGCUGUGGGUUUAACAUUGAAUCCUCACCUAGUCAGCAAUAAGGCCCCGUCUUUGCUUGUUAAGAUCGGUGAUAUCUUUGAUCAAUCUAAAGUAGUCAGGGUCGAUAAGGGAUCAGGCCUUCUGCUGGAAAUUCCUACUUUACCAGUUCCAACCCCAGCUUAUGUCAAUGUAGCUGAUAUUGCUGACAAGGAAGCUGGAAAAUUCGAUAAGAGUUUCAAGGAAGGAAGCCUUGUCCGUGUCAGGGUACUUGGAUAUAGACACUUGGAAGGGCUUGCAACUGGUAUAUUGAAGACUAGCGCCUUUGAAGGUUCAGUUUUCACCCACUCUGAUGUAAAGCCAGGAAUGGUGGUAAAAGCUAAAGUCAUUGCAGUUGAUAGUUUUGGUGCUAUAGUACAAUUUGCAAGUGGUGUGAAAGCGCUAUGUCCUCUUCGUCAUAUGUCAGAAUUUGAAAUUGCAAAGCCUCGGAAAAAAUUUCAGAAUGGAGUUGAGUUGGUUUUUCGUGUUCUUGGUUGCAAAUCCAAGAGAAUCACUGUUACACACAAGAAAACUCUUGUAAAGUCGAAGCUUCAGAUUCUUAGUUCUUAUGCCGAUGCGACUGAUGGGCUGGUCACUCAUGGGUGGAUUACAAAGAUUGAGAAGCAUGGAUGCUUUGUUCGGUUUUACAAUGGGGUUCAAGGAUUUGCACCCAGAUCUGAACUUGGUCUGGGUCCAGGUAGUGACAUAGGUUCUGUGUAUCAUGUUGAACAAGUGGUCAAGUGUAGAGUUGUAAAAUGUAUACCUGCUUCCCACCGAAUCAACCUUAGUUUCAACAUAACACCUAUAAGUACAUCAGAGAGUGAGAAUGUGAAACCAGGCAGCUUAGUCUCUGGAGUUGUUGAGCGUGUAACACCUCAGACAAUAGUAGUGGAAAUCAAUACCUCAAGUCACAUGAAAGGCACUAUCUCUCCUGAACAUUUGGCAGACCACAAUGGUCUUGCUGCUUUAUUGAUGUCUUCCAUCAAGCCUGGAUAUCACUUUGAUCAACUAUUGGUUCUUGAUGUUGAAGGAAACAAUCUUGUACUUACUGCCAAGUAUUCUCUAGUUAAAUCAACCGAACAGCUCCCAGCUGAUGUUAGCCAAAUCCGUUGUCACUCUGUGGUGCAUGGCUACAUAUGUAAUAUAAUUGAUAGUGGCUGCUUUGUUCGCUUUAUUGGACGUUUAACUGGUUUUGCUCCCAAAAACAAGGCUACUGAUGACAGAAGAUCGGACCUUUCUGAGGUCUUCUAUGUUGGACAGUCUGUCCGCAGCAACGUAGUUGAUGUUAGUAAUGAUAUGAGUAGAAUAACAUUAUCAUUGAAGCAGUCCUUGUGCUCCUCAACCGAUGCAUCUUUUAUUCAGGAGUACUUUCUUUUGGAAGAGAAGAUUGCGAGGCUGCAAGUAUUGGAUUCUGAAUUUCCAGGACUGAGUUGGACUGAUGGAUUUGGUAUUGCCAGUAUUAUCGAAGGAAAAGUACAUGAAAUUAAGGAUUUUGGUGUUGUUAUCAGCUUUGAGAAAUAUAAUGAUGUCUAUGGUUUCAUCUCACAUUAUCAAUUGGCUGGAACCAAUGUGGAAAGCAACUCCGUCAUCCGUGCUGCAGUUCUUGAUGUUUCAAAGAUUGAACGCCUUGUGGAUCUAUCUUUAAAACCAGAGUUCAUAAAUAGAUCGAAAGAAGAGAGCUCUAUUGUACAAACUCCUAAGAAGAAACGCAGAAGGGAAGCCCACAAGGAGUUGGAAGUGAAUCAAACAGUAAGUGCCACGGUCGAGAUUGUGAAGGAGAAUUAUUUGGUUCUUUCACUUCCUGCUUAUAAUCUUAUUAUCGGCUAUGCAUCAGCAACUGAUUACAACACCCAGAAAUUGCCUCCUACACAAUUUACCCAUGGACAAAGUGUCUCUGCCACUGUAAUGGCUCUUCCAACUCCUGCAACCGGUGGGAGGUUGCUGCUGCUGCUCACAUCCUUAAGUGAUGGUGUGGAGACAUCCAGGUCUAAGCGGGCUAAGAAAAACUCUAGCUAUAAUGUUGGAUCUCUCAUUCAGGCCGAGAUUACUGAAAUAAAGCCUCUUGAAGUCAGAGUGAAAUUCGGCUCUGGAUUACAUGGAAGAAUACAUGUGACUGAGGCAACUGAUGACAAUUCUGCUGAGAGUCCUUUUAGUAAUUACAGAAUUGGGCAAACACUGGCAGCUAGGAUUGUUGCAAAGCGUAGUAAACCAGAAAACAUUAAAGGAGGUUAUGGAUGGGAAUUAUCUGUCAAACCUUCCUUGCUUAAAGGAUCUGGUGAAGAUGAAUGGUUGUCUUCUGAAGGUUUCAACUAUUCAUAUGGACAACGCAUUUCUGGUUUUGUGUAUAGGGUUGACACUGAGUGGGCCUGGCUGACUGUAUCUCGAGAUGUGAAUGCUCAGUUGUAUAUUCUUGACUCUUCAUGUGAGCCUCCUGAGCUUGCAGAAUUUCAGAAGCGGUUUUAUGUGGGCAAAACUCUGACAGGCUAUGUAAUAAACGUGAAUAAGGAGAAGAAGUUACUACGCAUCAUCUUGCACAAACCAGCAGAUGGUUUUGCUGAGAUCAAAGAAAAUGAUACAAACCAUCAUCUAAUGAGCCAUAUUGUUGAAGGUAGUUUUGUGGGUGGCAGGAUUUCUAAAAUUCUUCCUGGUGUUGGUGGGUUGAUGGUCCAAAUUGAUCCGCACCAUUAUGGUAAGGUUCAUUUUACUGAAUUGAAGGAUUCGUGGGUCUCCAACCCACUUACGGGUUAUCAGGAAGAGCAGUUUGUGAAAUGUAAAGUUCUGGAGAUUAAUCGUGCUGUUAAGAGCACAGUUCAUGUUGACUUAUCUCUACGAUCAGCUCCAGAUGGUUCACAUGACCUAAUUUCCGCUGACAGUGGCGUGCAUACUUCUAUUAAACGUCUGGACAAAAUAACCGAUCUGCAUCCUGAUAUGGUUGUAAGGGGUUAUGUUAAAAACAUCUCUUCAAAAGGAUGUUUUAUUAUGCUUUCACGGAAGAUGGAUGCCAAAAUUCUCCUUUGUAAUUUGUCAGACAGUUUUGUUGAGAAUCCAGAAAAUGAGUUUCCCGUCGGCAAGCUUGUGAUUGGCAAGGUGCUCUCAGUGGAGCCGUUGUCUAAGCGUGUUGAAGUAACGCUUAAGACUUCAAGUGAAAGCAGCAAGCUGAAGUCAGACUCUACUCACUUAAAUCAAAUUGUUGUUGGAGAUAUUGUUUCUGGAAAAAUCAAGCGUGUCGAGUCUUAUGGCUUGUUUAUAGCUAUUGAUCACACUAAUGUGGUUGGGUUAUGCCAUGUUUCAGAGCUGUCUGAUGAUCAUAUAGACGAUCUACAGACAGCAUUUAAAGCGAAGGCAAAAGUUUUGAAGGUGGAUAAAGAUAGAAAUCGAGUUUCUCUUGGGAUGAAGUCGUCAUAUAUCAAAGAUGAAGGAGUAUUGCGUACACAUUCGUCACAUAGCCUUGAUUUUUCCAUUGAUGCCAAUGAUUCUGUUGUGUUAGCUGACCCAAUGAUACGACAGAGCAACUCAGUUUGUAUGAAGAGCAUAAAUAAUGAGCCUGACAGUGAUUAUCAUCCUAUACUAGCAGAUACAAAAUCUAGGGCUCUCGUGCCACCUCUUGAGGUUCCACUUGAUGAGGUAGAAAACUUAGAUAUUGAAGGUGAUGUGGGUCCAGAUAUAAUAAAUGUUACUGAAGCCGAUACCAUUGAAGAUAAAAACAAAAGGAGGGCGAAAAAGAAAGCUAGAGAAGAGAGGGAGCAAGAAAUAAGGACUGCUGAGGAGAGGCUGCUGGGGAAAGACAUCCCAAAGAAUGCCGUUAUUCGAAGUUCCCCAAAUAGUAGCUUCAUAUGGAUAAAAUACAUGGCAUUUAUGCUCUCCUUGGCUGACGUAGAGAAGGCACGGACCGUUGCUGAAAGGGCAUUGAGAACGAUAAAUAUUCGAGAAGAGUCUGAGAAGCUGAAUAUGUGGGUUGCUUACUUCAACUUGGAGAAUGAAUAUGGCAAUCCUCCCGAGGAGGCUGUAACAAAAGUAUUCCAAAGAGCAUUGCAGUAUUGUGAUCCCAAAAAGGUGCAUCUUGCCCUUUUGGGAAUGUAUGAGAGAACUGAACAACAUAUAUUGGCUGAUGAGCUUCUUGACAAAAUGACUAGAAAGUUCAAACAUUCAUGCAAGGUCUGGCUGAGAAGGAUCCAGUUUCUUUUGAAACAAAACAGUGAUGGAGUUCAGUCUGUUGUAAAUCGUGCUCUGCUCAGCCUCCCCCGACAUAAGCAUAUAAAGUUUAUUUCACAAACUGCCAUCCUUGAGUUCAAGUGUGGAGUUCCGGAUAGGGGAAGAUCCAUGUUUGAGGGAAUGCUUAGGGAGUAUCCCAAGAGGACAGAUUUGUGGAGCAUCUAUUUAGAUCAGGAGAUCCGGCUUGGUGAUGUGGAUUUGAUCCGUGGAUUAUUUGAGAGGGCAAUAAGUUUGAGCCUUCCCCCAAAGAAGAUGAAGUUCCUAUUUAAGAAGUAUCUCGAGUACGAAAAGUCCGUUGGUGAAGAAGAGCGAAUUGAGUCUGUGAAGAAAAAGGCAAUGGAAUAUGUUGAGAAUACCCUUGCUUGAUAUCUAAUUGUUUCAUAAGCGAUACUUGCAUAAAACUGGAUCAGGGUUGGUCUCCGCUUUCAGAAGGGGUGAGGAGGACAUGUAUGCCCUCAGAAGCUAGUGUUGCACGCUGCAGGAGUUGGGUUGGCAACAUUGGUUGAUCAUAGCGACUAGCAGAGGUGUCCUGAUAUCAUUGCUGUUGAGAGGCUACCUCAGAUCAUCACAAGUAGCACGUUGGAUGAUGGAGUGGAAUGUGCUUGUUCUGUUUUGGGUUUAGAGGCGCAGUUUUGUAGAUCGUUAUGUAAAUGGGGAGAGAAGUUGAUGCGAGUAAAUUGGUGGAGUGUUGAGAAGCAGUUUUGACUGGGCUUUUAAUAUUUAUGGCAAGUAGCUUUUUUUUUGGUAUACCUGUUUGGAUUUGGAGGGUAGAAGAUGGAUGGCUUUGUACUGUGAAAGUAUGGCGUAGUUGGUCAACAUUAUACUCUAUAAACUACGUGUCACCUUUAAUCUGGAAGGGUUGGCGUGGGGCGAGGGUAGAACAUGGCUGCUGUAUUGAGAUUGUAUUGUCCACUGUGACUGCUGAAUUCUAUGCCAAAAUUGUAGUUAAAAGA